ACAAAUGUCAAAUAAAAAAUUAUAACAUUAUUAGAUACUAUAAUCAAUGCUUGCUGAUCUGUCAUUGUCCAAAAGUACAACGUAUCAACAUAUAAUCAUGACGCAGAUUCCUCAUGAAAAAUGAUGUUUUCGUUAUCUCACUGAUUUAAUUAAUAACUUUUUUAAACAAUUCGACUAUUUUUGCGAUGAAACUGCGUCGCAAGUUUCAUUUUUAAUACACGACCGUACUUGAGAGGGAAACAAAGGUUUUCGCGAAUUUUGUAUUCGUAAAACAAUUUAAUAUAUAUGUAAUGUAUAUAUAUAUAUAUUUACACACAUGACUAUGCAGUAUUUUAUCGGUCUUACCAAAAUAGCCAGCAAACACCUUUGUAAGCUUUACUGUCUCUCAUCGGAUCAACAGCGCCAUGCCAAAGGAAUGGAUAUUUAGCACGGACGAAACAACGGAGAAGAAAGAAAUCGCAGACAGGCGAGCCUGACACGAUUUGUAUAAACGGUAUCUUCAUAACGGUUUCAAUAUGGCUGAUGCAUGUACGGUGCUACUAUGUACUAUUUCAGCAAGGUUAGUCAGCCUAAAUACACUACCUGAAUAUGGUCCUACCAUAAGAAUCAAAUGGACGUGCUGUUUGGCGUUAUUCAAGUUCAGUAUGAAGAGCAACCAGGGUAUGGGAAAUCAGCUAACACCUUUGGCAGUAAUAGAUAACGAAAAAGGUCAGAUAGAUACGUUUCCUAGACAGACAAAAAAAAUAUCUUUAGAUUCUCUAAUCUAUUUAUAUACAAAUAGAGUUAUCAUAUUUUUUCUGGUCUUCUGGCAAAGAUAAGACAGGAAGUAUCAAAUUAUUAUCGACGUGAAUAUAAAGUCAGGGAUCAAUUGAAAUAUAAUAAAUAGAGACCAAUUAAUAAUUGGGAAAAUCGUGAAAAUAACAUGGAUGAAACGAAACAAUAUUUUCGUUGUCGUACUGUCUGCUGUUUCGUAUCACUAAAUUGCGUCAGAGACUGAGAAGAAUUCAAAUAAGACACAAUACACCUAAGUGUAUUUUAAAUUUACGUAAGGUCUACUAACGAGGAAAAGAAAAUGUUUAUACAUAUAUGUAUACUUCGAUCUCAUCAUAUUUUUUUUAAGGAGUGUAAACUCAAAUGAAACUUCUAUGAUCGUACAAGAAAAUGUGAAAAUAAUUGCUAUGUGAUUUAUAGUAUUUUUUUUCUUGUAAUACUCUCAAAUCCUCUUGGCCGAAUAAAGAUAACAU